AUGCUAGUGUGUGAGGUUGGUAACGGUAGAAGUGCAAGUUUCUGGCACGACAAUUGGACAUCUCUAGGUCCACUGAUUGAUAUCACAGGACCGAGAGGACCAGCGGUUACGGGAUUAUCUGAGAAUGAAGUUGUGGCGGGGGCAAUUAGUAAUGGGGCCUGGUGGAUUAGUAGAAGCCGUAGCAGGAACAGGUUCAUAUCAUUGUUGAGGGAAUGUCUUCCGGAAGUGGCUCCUAUUUUAUCGUCAGAGGUGGACGAUAUUUAUUUGUGGAAACCGGGAAAUAAUGCAGCGUCGAGUUCUUUUUCAACAGCUAAUACAUGGGAAGCCCUUCGAACGCAAGGAGAGACAGUGUUUUGGCACAGACAAGUGUGGUUCCAAGGGAGAAUUCCAAAGCAUGCUUUCAUUACUUGGGUGACGGCUAGAGACAGAUUGGGCACUCGGGACAGAAUGAGAAGGUGGGGGCUUCAGGUACCUGCGGGUUGCAUCCUUUGUAACGCUGCGGAUGAGUCAAGGCAACACCUGUUUUUUGACUGCUGCUUCAGUGCAGAGGUGUGGUCGUUCUUCUGCGCUAGGCUCUCAAUUACUCCUUUUGUGAUAUUUGAGGAUGGGUUAAGAUGGUUGAGUAACCCUUCCUCGGAUGAGUUUUUGAAGUUGAUCAUCAAGCUUGUAUAUCAAGCAGCGAUAUAUAGUAUUUGGAAAGAAAGAAAUGCUAGAGUGCAUAACCAAAGUUUCAGACCAGCUCGGAUUUUGAUUGCUGAGAUCAAGCAAGUAGUUCUAGCGCGUUUGGACCCCUUGUCAAGAGCUCAUAACUCUCGCAGAACAGAUACAACUUUGCUUGGGACUUGGUUUGGUAGAUUUUGA